AUGGCCGGCUUAGUAACAACUAGAGGAAAAAGUACUAUGAGAAGUUCUAGAAAGAAGAAGGUUGUCCACAAGACAACAACCACAAAUGACAAAAGGCUUCAGAGCACCCUGAAGAGAAUAAGUCCCCUUCCAUCCCAGCCUCUCUCGUCUCCUUCUGACCCCAUCAUCACUUUCGUUGGGGUUGGGAUCCGAGAAGACGUGGAGAAGCUUCUGAAAGAUUAUAAUCUUAACGUGGUCAAUGUUCGUGACCUUCGCUCCUUCGCUGCGGAGAAGCUUGGGGACCUUGGACUGAAGCGGGCCGGGCUCAAGUCCUUGGCCCUCCGAGGGAUGGGCCUGGAGGUUGCCAAGCCCAAGCGGGUCACGAGGAGUAGGUGGGAUAAUCCCUGGCUCACUGCUGAGCAGGUUCAGUACGCGGCCGUUGAUGCCUUUCUCUCUUACGAGACUGGUCGCCGUUUGAGUUCUCAUAACUAAUUGAUUAAUUAAUGCCUUCUCAUUCUCUUUUCUCACUGACUUGCCAUGGAGUAUUUGUGAAUUGUAACUCCCUGGUGUUACUUGCUAUGUUACCAUCCGAAUGCUUAAUUUGAUGUUUCUGAAUUUAGGACCUUGGUUCUGA